ACUCACAGAUGAAUUCCCGAUAAUUUUAAUUCUUGGGAGAGGCAAGUUAGAAUAGACUUCGGAAACAUUUCAUUGCUAAAAAGUGCAAUAUAUAGCAUCCUGUAGAAAUAGCUUAAUUUGGUUUCUUUCUUUCUGUUCAUAUCAAAUCACAAACAGUUGACAAUGGAUUUUUAUAGAGAAGAACCCCACACGCAUGACCAUUCAAGGUGGCGCAACGAGUACCCAGAAGAAUAUUAUGACGGCAACAAUAACAUAUUGGAUUACCCUAACCGAGAUCACCGUCAAGAGGACGCAAGUCGCUAUCCAUCCAUUCCUGAAGAAAAAUAUUUUGCAGACACUGUUCAGCCACAAACAGAAAAGCCCAUCUCUUCGGCAACGCCGACAACUGCAGCAGAGUCGUCCACCGCAACAAGCUCCUCCAUUGACGAAACUACUCACCUUUCUCCAUCUACUUCAAUUCCUGAGGCAGAAGCAACAAGUUCAUUCGCUUUUUUACCACUAUCUAGUAUGCCUGCACCUUUAACACCGGCAAUAGAGACUGUCCUAAAGCAAGAACAUCAACGUUCUGCCAGCAGCGACCGCAGUGAAAUUAAAAAAGAUCAGAGUCACGCUCAUGACCUCAAGAGCACUAUCAAAAAGGCUUCUGUAGGUGGCGAUAAUGCUGGAGGAUCGACAUCCUUCCAUUUACCGCCUGGUACAAAUUUGGGACUUGUUGGUAAAUUAGGAGCGUAUCAAGUGGCACACAAAAAACCUGUUUCGGCCGGUUCCUCCUCUUUUCAUCAACACAGUAUGCUUGAAUUCUACCUUCUCAUUUUCUUUGUUACAUUUUUUGUAAUGAAGAAAAAGUACUAAUGAACAUCACUUUAUAUAAAAGCUACUCUCCACUGUAUCUAUUGUACUCGCUCCUUUAUCAAUAAAUUACUUUAUAGAACCUGCAGUAUGACAAGCCGUAAUCAAUACUUAUUGUCUGAUUUUGCACAAUAAACAUCAAUUCACAUCCACAAGACCUUUGGAAAAAACGGGGUUCAUUAUUAGCUGUCAUUUGCAAAUACAACCUUGUUUAUGAAAAAAAAAAAAAUCAUCCAAAUUCAAACAGUUCCGGCCAUUAUUAUUAUAACGGCCGUUGGACUUGAAAACCUUUGUCAACCAGCUCAAAGUAAGUUACUAAAGACGCUGAUUCGCA